AUGACUAUCGUUGAUAAGCCUCCCUCCGUCAUCUUGACUCAAGGCCAAGUGGUGGGGACAAAGCUAAAGGACUCUUUCCCCCAAACCGUUGACGCCUUUCUGGGGGUUCCCUAUGCUCUUCCUCCCGUUGGGGAUCGAAGGUUCAGACCAGCAGUGGAGGUUCCAAGCUCAUCUGAAACAAUUGACGCGUCCAAGUAUGGGCCUGCAGCUCCCGGAAAGGCACUUCUCUCUGGAGGACCGAAGCUUGUGCAGAGCGAAGACUGCUUGACGGCGAAUAUCUUCAGACCAGCGGGCACCGAUGGUGAAAAGAAGCUCCCAGUCGCGGUAUAUAUCCACGGCGGGGCUUUCAACCGAGGGUCGGCAGCUAUGCACAGCACCGCGUCUAUGGUAGCGUGGUCUGAGAAACCCUUCGUUGCUGUGAGCUUUGGAUAUCGAAUUGGGGCUCUUGGAUUCCUACCUUCGAGUUUGUCUCAAAAGGAGGGGCUGCUGAAUCUUGGAUUGCGUGAUCAGGUCCAUUUGUUGCAGUGGGUCCAAGACAACAUCACCAACUUCGGAGGUGAUCCUAACAACGUCACUUUGUUUGGUCUUUCCGCGGGCGCCCAUUCAAUUGGCCACCACCUGCUGAAUUACGACGAGCAGCGGGCGCCAUUGUUCCACAGGGUCAUCAUCGAGUCAGGGGCUCCAACAUCUCGCGCCGUCCGUCCAUACAAUGCUAAAGUCCAUGAGGAACAGUUUGUGGAUUUCCUAAAGGAAGUUGGUUGUCCUCCGGAUUUGCCCGAAACCAAAAUCUUCCCAUUCCUUCGAUCACUUCCCAGUUUGGUCGUGACAAAUGCCCAGACGGCGGUUUUUGACAAGUACAACCCCUCCCUUCGAUGGGCUUUUCAGCCCGUCAUUGACGGGGAUUUAAUCUCUCGCAAGCCUUUAGAGGCAUGGGAAUCAAAAGUUUGGAACAAGGUUCCCAUCAUGACCGGAUUCAACGGAAACGAGGGAACCAUGUACGUGGACAAAAAUAUGUCGGAGGCAUCCCAGUUCCGCGAUUUCUGGCACAAGCUUCUUCCCGAGCUCUCAUCUUCUGAUCUUGAUACAAUUGAGAGUCUUUAUCCAGACCCUUCCCUCGUGUCAACAUCACCUUAUGUUGAAACCAGGGAAGGCGAAGGCCUUGGCCCUCAAUACAAACGCAUCGAGGCUGCCUAUGGACAUUAUGCAUAUGUGGCACCAGUACGACAGACGGCACAUUUUGCCUCGUCUCAAGGUGCUCCUGUUUACCUUUACCACUGGGCACUGCCGAGAACGGUUGUUGGCCGUGCGAAUCACGGAGACAACAUGUACUAUGAAACUUAUAACACUGGCAUUACGGAGAUUUCUGACUCUCAAAAGGAGCUUUCAGGAACCCUCCAUGCUUACUUGACUAGCUUUAUUACCACCGGCGACCCUAACGCUGUCUCCGGAAGAUAUGAGCAGAGGCCACAGUGGGAGCCCUAUCGACCAGAAGCUACGAAGGUCAUGAUCUUCGGAGAAGGGAACGAGGAGCUCAUUGGAGGGAGCGUGGCACCCCCCGCCAAAUGCGUUGCAGAUGAUUGGGCUAAGGAAGAGACAGAAUUCUGGUGGUCGAAGGUUCCCAUCUCACAGUUGGCUUGA